GAAAGACGAGGAGAGAAAAAGAAGAACAACAACAACAAAAAGGAAAACAUACAUGUAUAAAUGCAUGCAUACAUGCAAAUAUGCAUGUGCAUACUCAUACGUAAGACAAGGGAGAUAGAUAGAUAGAUACAAACCCAUACAUAAUCAUAUAAAAAAAUUGAUAAUGGGUUUGUUUUAUAUGUUCUCAUUGGCUCUAACUAUUGGAAUGGUGAUUUUGACGUUGAAAUAUUUUGCUGGACCUGAUGUUCCUAAAUAUGUGUUCUUCACCGUUGCCUACACCUGGUUCUGCUCCCUCUCCAUCAUCGUCCUCGUCCCAGCCGACAUAUGGACGACGAUUCAUCGAGAUUAUAGUGGAGAGAUUUCCUUCUUGUGGAGUUUCUCAUAUUGGAGCACGUUCUUGCUUACAUGGGCUGUGGUUCCCACUAUUCAGGGUUAUGAAGAUGCUGGAGAUUUUACAGUGAAAGCAAGACUGAAGACUAGCAUACAUGGAAACCUAGUUUUCUAUCUCUCUAUUGGUCUUGUUGGGUUCCUUGGACUGAUGUUGCUUGUUAUUUUCCACACAGACUGGACUGGAAAUAUUAUGGGGUUUGCCAUGGCUUGCUCUAAUACAUUUGGGCUGGUCACUGGUGCAUUUCUACUUGGGUUUGGAUUUAUUGAAAUUCCCAGGAGCCUUUGGAUUAAUGCGGAUUGGAACACUCGCCAAAAGGUUCUUUCUCACAUUGUUGCAAAAUUGGCUGUCAAAUUAGACAAUGCUCAUCAAGAUUUUUCAAAUGCCAUUGUGAUCACACAAGCAACAUCUAAGCAGAUGUCCAAGAGAGAUCCUUUGAAACCCUACAUGAAUGUCAUUGAUAACAUGUUGCAUCAGAUGUUGAAGGAAGAUCCUUCCUUCAAACCACAGGGAGGGAGACUAGGGGAAAACGACAUGGAAUAUGAUACUGAUGUGAAGUCAAUGGCAGUAUUACGACGUUACCUCAAAAGAUCUCAAGAGGAGUAUUACAGAUAUAGGAGUGAAUAUAUAAAGUUUGUGUUGGAAGCCCUGGAGCUGGAGGACACCGUAAAAAAUUAUGGGAGUCGCAAAACUACUGGAUGGAAAUAUAUUUCAUGCUUCAGACCUGAACGAACUGGUAGAUUGGCUGGAUUUUUGGAUACAAUCGAAUUUGUAUGGAGGUGCAUGUUGAAGAAGCAGCUUGAGAAAUCAUUGGCUGUGACAUUGGGUUGCAUGUCAGUGGCGAUUCUAUUAGCAGAGGCCACCAUUCUACCCAGUGGUGUUGAUCUCUCCCUUUUCUCUCUCUUAAUACGUGCUGUCUCAAAGAAAGAGAUGCUUGUGCAGUUAGCAGGUUUCAUCCCGUUGAUGUACAUGUGCGUGUGUACUUAUUAUUCCUUGUUCAAAAUGGGAAUGCUCAUGUUCUACUCUCUCACUCCAAGACAAACCAGCUCCGUCAAUUUGCUUAUGAUUUGUUCGAUGGUUGCACGAUAUGCACCUCCCAUUUCAUACAACUUUCUCAACCUCAUUCAUCUUGAUGGGGGUGCCAAGACCAUUUUUGAGCAGAGGAUGGGAAAUAUUGAUGACGCUGUACCUUUCUUUGGGAAUGGAUUCAACAAAAUUUACCCACUUAUUAUGGUUAUAUAUACCCUUCUAAUAGCAAGCAACUUUUUUAAUCGGAUCAUUAAUUACUUUGGAAAUUUGAAGAUUUUCAAGUUUACUGAUGAUACACAAGAUAUGGAUGGUUUUGAUCCCUCUGGAGUUAUCAUCUUACAGAAAGAGCGUUCCCUUUUACAAAAAGGACACAAUGUUGCUGAGCAUGUUUUCCCUCUAGCAAGGAGUUUCAGCAUUAGUGUUGAUGUUGAGUCCACCCACAACACCACCAUGGAUAAAAGCGAGGAUAUCACCGAGACUACAAAAAAGAAAAAUAAUGACAAACAUAGAUCAAGAGACGAUGAUGAAGUGAUUCGUAGUGACAAGAGCAGAAAUCUUGGGAGCCAAAAGUACAUUGCUUUAAGGGCGAACAGCAUGAACGAAGAAGUUGCCAUUAAUAAUGGAACUAAUGAUAGUAUCAACAACAUAAGUUCACCAACCUUACAAAGAAUAGUUUCAAGAUGGGAAACCAUAAAGACUAGACUUUCAAGUUUAAGACCCAACAGAUUCCUUGCUCUCACCAGUACUCAUGUUCAUAAUCAGGGAGGCAACAAUGCUGCUUCCCACUCUUCAAAUGAUUCGCUUGAUGAAAUCUUUGAGAGGAUAAAACAUCCACCUUCUCAAUAUAUAGAUUCUUAACCCUCAUUGAAGUGAUGUGGGAGCUGCCAACACGUGGCCGGCACUACGUACUCCCACCAAUUAAUGAUAGUAAUUUUUUUAAAAAAAAUUGUAUAUAGGUGUCAUUUUAUUAAAGUAAUCUUGUUUAAGAUAUUAUUGAGCAUUAAAUGUGAGCACUUCUUCAAACAUAACUUCAAAUCUUG